GUGUUAAUGAUAUCGGAGGAGUGGGAUUACACUAUAAGAUAAUACAUUCCCUGCCAUGUUUGACACCCAAGUGUCAGUGUAAGACGUAUUUAGCACGAAUUUUGUCGACGGUGUUGUCGUUAACGCUUUUUUAUCGUAAAAGUGGUAAGGAUUGUUACUGUCACGUUCGCAAUAAUUGCAUUCUAACGACGAUUCAAGAUGGAUGUUGGAUUUUCAUCGUAUCACAAUGGUGGUCCUGCACGAGAGCAAGAUUUUAGUAGAUUAUCGCAAACCAUUGGUACUUCAAUAUUAAAGAUAUCGCAGAAUGUAUCUUCCAUGCAGAAAAUGGUCAAUCAGUUGGGUAGCUCUACCGACUCUCAAGAACUCAGGAAUCAGCUGCAUCAGAUACAACAUUAUACUCAACAAUUGGCAAAAGAUACUAGCGUUCAUCUUCGAGAUUUAGCUAUACUAGCCAAUAAUUCUGGUUCUACGAGUCCUGGAGAACAGAGGCAGCGUAAAAUGCAAAGAGAACGCCUUCAAGAUGAAUUUACAAGUGCAUUAAAUUCUUUUCAAGCUGUACAAAGACUGGCUGCUUCCAAGGAGAAAGAAAUGGUCAGGAAGGCUAAGGCUAAUGCAGGCAUUACACCGUUUGGAGAAAAGAAACAAGAGACUCUCAUAGAAUUACAAGAUAGUAAAACAUAUUCUAAUGAUAAUUCAAAACUACAACAAGAACAACUGCAGGAACAGAUGAAUUUACGAAUGUUAGAAGAACAAGAAGCUAGUAUAAGACAAUUAGAGAGUAACAUUAGUGAUAUUAAUCAAAUAUUCAAAGAUCUCGGAGCUCUAGUGUAUGAUCAAGGAGAAGUGAUUGAUUCUAUAGAAGCUUCAGUUGAAAGAACCGAGGUAUCCGUUAAUGAAGGUGCUUCUCAAGUAAGACAAGCGAGUCUCUAUCAAACUAAGUUGCGUAAAAAAAAGUGCAUUCUCAUACUGAUAGCAGCAGUUAUAUUGUCGAUUUUGAUUGGAAUUAUUGUUUAUUAUAACUAACAAACAAUGUACAGCGGGAGUUGGUGUGCUACAGAAUAAUAUAAUGCUAAAAAAAUUUGCUGCCUGUGAACGAAUCACAGAAUACCAACCUGAUAAAAUUCUUAAUGAUAUUCUUAUUUAAUUUUGAUUGUUUUAAACUGUCUAUCUACGGAAUAGCUACAUUAGAGAGAUGUAGAGAGGAAGAAACUUAUGUAUUCCAUUGUGAUAAUCAUAAGUGCGAGCUCUGAUGUACGAUUAUAAUUUUAAUAGCAUGUUUAAGAUUGCCGCAGUCUAUUUGUACGUUUCAUUAUUCAUAUAAAAUAUUAGUAUAUAAUAAUCAGUUAUAUAUAAUAACAUAUUUAUGCAUGUGUGUGUGCGAGAAUUAGGUAAUUUAACGCAACUAUAUGUAACAAAGAUAGAUGUGUGGGUGGUUGUGUGUGUGUGCGCGCGCGUGUGUGUGUGCAUGCGUAUGAACUAUUUGUAUAUGUUAUUUGACUACCAAUGUAAUUCUGUACGUGCUUAUAAGAUAACUUUAAUGUUACUCUUACAAAAACUCUGGAACAAAUGUUUGAGGGCCGUGUUGUAAUAUUUUAGAAAAAUCAGAGAAUCACAUGUAAGUUAAUAUAUUAUAUUUAAUUGAAAAAUGUUGAUUUAUUUUAAACAGAA